AUAAACAUUCACGAAUUGGCAUGAUCAAAUUCAAUUAGAUCAUGACAUCUCUCUCCCGAAAGCGUACGCUGCAAGAUCUAAUUAUUCAACGUCGAGUCAACAAUAAGGAUAAUUUCCCUUCAUUGUUCAAUCUUGCAGUCCAAGCAUGCAUCUCCAAUCUUCAAUUCUUUGCCACAUUUGAAGGACUCCCCUUUCUCCCUUUUGGCAAAGCCCUCUUCCUAGAAUUUGCUCAUCAAUCUAAUCAAUGGUGUCUUACGACUGAACAACGUCAGGCUGGCAUCCUAUUGUUUGCAGAGGCUUAUGCCUGUAAAGAUCUCCAGGGAUCUGAGCUAGAACCGAACCUGGAGCAAGGGGAGGGGUAUGAAUACAGUAGUACUCAACUUUUAGGUCCUGAAUAUACAGGCCUAAAGUGUCAGCUUGCCCAAGAUGUUCCUUACUUGAGUGUAUUUGCGCAUUGCCUUGUUUACUUGGACCUAUCCAAAGGCAGCUAUGGCAACAGUAAUGGAGGUGUGGGCCAACAACAGCAAUCUGAUCAUACUGGGAUGAUGACUGAAUUUGCAGACAAGGAUAUGGCUGGACUAUCUUCUCUUUCUAGUCUUCGGAUCCUUAAUCUGGCCAAUCUUAAGAAUAUUGGCGAUAUAGGCUUAAGUCACUUGAUAAGAAGUGUCACCUUUGGCUCCUCUGGUCCUGCUGGAUUAGAGUACCUGAAUCUCACAGGCACAAACAUCACUGAUGCUGGACUCACCAAACUAUUUGUUCAAGCAUAUAUUACAAACACAAACACAAGCCUCAAACACCAGCGGCAUCAAUUGGUUUUCAAACGACUUUUGGGGAUAGAUCUGAGCAACACAGGAGUCUCGCGUUCGGUAGCUGAAAAUCUCUUCAUUGGCAACAGCAUACAUUAUAAUCAUCAUCAACACCAUCAACCACAUCCGCAAAUUUCAUCGGGGUGGAGAGCUUUAGAUCAUCGCACAUGUCUGUUCCCCUCAGACGUCACAAAUAGAAGCGACCUUAAAUUUAUGGAGUUAGAGUGGAACAGAAACCCCAUUGAAAAAUGGUAUGAGUGGUUCAAUCGGUCUUACAGACUAGAGUUUGCACAGCGACCGGAUCUAUCCGCUCAUGGAAAAGAUGGUCUUGGUUUAGCAGAAUGUCUUGCCCUCCUGAAACUGAGUCAGAUACACUUACAUCCCGUUACUGAACAACCAUCACCGUUUGUUUUUCCACAUUCAUACUAUGAUCAGCACCAUCACCACAACAGUAGCAACAUCAGUGGCAGUAACAAGCAUGGCUAUUCAAUCAACAAUACAAAGUACAUGAAGUCAGGGUCGGGACGAGAACAACAACAGCGACGGCAACAAUACGCUAUAGAUGCGGAUUUAGUGAGAGCCUUAACAUCACCGUCGUUUUCCAUGGUCGACAAAUCAUCAACACAGCCCAUCAACUUGAACGAUAUGUACAAUUUAAUAAUGUACAAGAAAGUUCUCGAUAUUGUCCGCGAAACAGCUGGCAUUGACAGAUCGAGAUCUAGAAAGAUAAUGACCACACCUUUUAAGAAACGCCUGGCAUUCAUAAGGACCAGGAAGGAUGCGGAAGAGCUAUUGCUCUUUACAACCAAAGCUGCUAUAGAUAAAUUGACUACAACCAUCCAGGUGUCAGGGGGACCAUGGCCGAGCAUGUAUGAUAAGACCAAUAGUAAUAAUAGCUUGGUAGACAUGACAAAGAGAGCAAAAAUUCGAAAUCGACAUCAUCGAACGUCUUUGGCACCACCGAGCAUACCCAAGUCAUCCCCAUUCUUUCCUCUUUCCACAUCACACUUCAUCCCUGUUAAUCCGUCUUCACCCAAGUCUCCAUAUUUACAUAGACUGAAUCCUCAUCCAUCAUGCUCAGAAACAGAGCUUCAAGAGGUAUCAAAUCUCCCCUUAAAGAGACUCAAGUUGCCAUCAUCGUCAUCACCAUCGCCAUCGCCAGCGCCAUCAUCUUUAUUCAUCGAGCAGGAGCCAAGGGCAUUAUCACAGCAGCACUUGUCAGUCAACAAUUUACCAGGACGACGUCGAGGAGGAACUGGAGGAACGAACCAUCAUUUACCCUUUGUAAAACCCGAAGAGAAACAAAGAGUAAAUGACUUUUAUUUUAAAGAGACAUCCACUAAGGAAGAGACCAAGCCGCCACAGCCAAUAGUAGCAACAGUAGCAGCAACAACGACAGAUAAUGCUUUCAAAGGUCAUCACAAACCUCCAUCUUCAAUGAUCAUGGAAAAAUGGAUCGCUCGUGGAAAAGUAAAAAGUCAAUUUACUUCGUCAACAUCUACUGCUGCCAACUCUAUCACUGCGACUGCUAUUGCAGCUACGAAGUCUGAUAUUGAGACUAAUAUUAUUAAGACGAGUAACGGCAAUGUUAUACGUGAGUUUCAUUUCAAUGAUCAGAAGCAGAGCUGUGUCAAUUUGACGCGCUGGAUUCAUUCAUUUAAAGAACCUUUUGAUAAGGUAGAGAUGGAUACUCGUAAAAUCAUUCGAUUUGAUUCAAGGAGAAGGUUCUCUGCAAAUGAUGAUGAUGAUGUGAGCAAUAAUCAAGGGAAUAUCAAUACUGAUUGAAUUACAACAACGCAAAAAAUCUAAAAUCUAACUUCGUCGCAUGGGCCAAAUUAAAUAAAUUGAG